AUGCCCGUAUUCUCAACCUCUCACUUUUGUCUAUGGCUCUCCACUGGGCUACUCCCAAUUGUGACAGCAAGCUCAGAAAUAUCGGAAAUUGUCGCGGCCAAAUGGGAAUUUCAAGAGUUUGCUGUUCACAUCACUGUGAUGUUGUUCUUGCUGGCAAUGAUCUUGCUAAAAAUGCUAUUCCACCGCAUCCCCUACUUACCGGAUUACGUCCCAGAAUCUUUGCUUCUGAUCAUUGUCGGGAUAAUAUUUGGUGCGAUUGUCAAAUAUGGGAUUAGCCAGGGCACAUUCGAAGGAACUGUGUGGCAACUGACGCCCGACUUGUUUUUCAACUACCUCCUACCCCCGAUUGUCCUCGAAGCAUCCUACUCUCUGUACAAUAGGACGUUCAGUGAGUACCUCGGUGUGGUACUGAUAUUCGCCGUGCUGGGAACGAUUUUGAACUUUUUGAUUAUUGGUUUCGCAAUGUAUGGAUUACUUGUUGCCGGCGCAAUGGGUGGGGAAAAAGAUCGUUUCGAUCUGAAGGGCAUGUUAUUAUUCAGCUCGCUGAUUGUUGCUGUGGAUCCGGUCGCGGUUUUGGCCAUUUUUCAAGAUAUUGGAGUGGAGUUGGGUCUGUACUACAUUGUGUUUGGUGAGUCAUUGUUGAAUGACGCGAUCACUGUCGUGCUUUACGACAUAAUGUCUGCUUUUGCUGGGACAGACGAUGUGACAGGUCAACAAAUCGGUGUGGGUAUCGCUUCGUUUUUCACCGUCAGUUUUGGUGGAUUGGCAAUUGGAGUUGUUGUGGGAAUCAUUUCCUGUCUUAUAACUCGAUUGAAGAGCCAUCUAAAUGCAUUUACUCUCAUUCUACUGGCCUACUUCUCCUACAUCAUGAGUGACUGUGUUGGCUGGUCUGGGAUCAUUUCAAUGAUAGGUUGUGGACUUGUGCAAGCUGCCUACGCAUUCCACAACUUGGACAAUAAAUCUGUGACUGUGGUGCAUAAACUGACAAAACUGGUCUCUGAAGUCAGUGAGUCUGUGAUAUUUUUGUUUCUUGGAAUCGAGGUAUUGCGGGGGACCUUGGAGUGGCACACAGGUUUUGCCUUGUGGAGCCUCGUACUGUGUCUGGUUGCACGCGCCAUUGUUGUGCUUGCUAUCACCGCUGUGGUGAACGCUGUUCAUGUGGACAACACAAAGAUCUCGUUCACCAACCAGUUGGUGCUCAUCUACGGUGGUCUGCGUGGUGCAGUUGCAUUUUCCUUGGCCAUUCUGAUUGUUCCCGAUCGGCUUGGAUUCCACGGGCUCUACAGUCGCCGUGUCAUGAUCACCACAACAUUGUUCAUCAUCCUAUUCACCGUUGGCUUUAUGGGAAUGACGAUGAAGCCUCUGGUGAAACUUCUCAAAAUUCGGAUGCAAAGCAAAGAAAAAUUGAGUUUGUUUGGUGUACUAAACGCUGGUAUGAUGGACGAGACACUGGCAGGUAUCGAAGUGAUCAGUGCCGUGAAAGGCCGUAAUGUGGUUCGUGAUACUUUCAUGCGGUUGGACGAGAAAUAUUUCCGACGCAUUCUUCAACGUGAUCCGGAAAUGUAUGACGAGAAACUUAUGCAUGUGUACGAGAAAAUUUCCUUGCAACUACAUUACGCCUCCGUGCAGCCAAAAAAUAAGGAUGUCUACUUAAAGGACAUACCGGAAACAUUGAAACAACGAUGCUUGCAUGGAGUGGAUUCAGCUGGAUCUUUACUUAAUUAUACUCGAAAGACCCCUCCUAGCGGUGCGGAUCUGGAUUUGGAACACGACGCGAGCUUUGCAGCGCUUCCGCAAUCCAAACCUUAUGCUGCGGCGGACUUUUUAGAUAAAAUACGGUCGUCACGAAGGCCGACACUUAUUCCACACGGAAAGCGUCAGGUAUCAUUUAGCAGUACCUGGCGAGACAUGAUGAAAUCGCGGACCCUUGCUUUGGGCAGUCAGGCCGAUGAGGAUGAAGAGGGUAAGAAGAAUCCCCAAGAGAUCGAUCGUCAAGUUGCAGAACCGAAGGGCAAGCGAUUUUCCAUAUGGGACCCAAGUCAGCUGGAUGAAGAAUCUGAAGACGAUGACUACUAA